AUCAGUCUUUGUUCAACUUCUCAUCGCAAAACAAGGUAUAACGUAGUGUAGCAAAAAGCUUAAUUUUAUUUACUGUCAAUAAUAAUUGCAAUUUUAUAUUUAUAAGAGAUUAUGAUAAUCUCAAUUUUUCUCAUGCGAGAAUGUAUCAAAGAACAAGUAUCUCUUUACUGUUGGUAGCGCUUUUGGUUAUCUUCCAUUACACUACAGCAAAUUCAUUCGGAGAAUGUAAAACACCUCAUGAUGAUUAUGGCACAUGUAUAAAGUUGACGGACUGUAAAAUUUUAAUUGAUCUUAUUGUUGAUCCCUCAACAUCGGAAGCAGAUAGAGACUAUAUAAGAAGUAGUCAAUGUGGUAAAAUUGGAAAUAUUAUUUUAAUUUGCUGUCCAAAUUCGUUAACUACAAACUUAUUACCAAGCUAUCCCAACUGCGGUAAACAGCUCACAGAACGAAUAGUUGGUGGUAAUAUUACAAAACUUGAUGAAUUUCCAUGGAUGGCUUUAAUUACGUACACAAAACGUGAAGAUGUCAUGUUCAAGCGUACACCACUUUCAGUUUGGUAUCCUGCAACAGUUGUAGAAAAAUGUAAAGAACCAAGGUCAUUUUUGGUAGAAGACAAUGAUGGAGUGAUUUAUCGAAGAAAUAGAGAACAUUUAAUGAAAAGACAAAGUGUUUUAGACAAAAUAGAUGAAGAACGAGAGACUGUAAAUCCAAAUCAAAGUCCUGUUAUAGAUUUAAAUUUAAAUAAUGAAAAAAGUGCAAAUCAAUAUGUUACUCAAAGGGGAAGAAAUGUGGUAGCACCUAAUAGACUAAAAUAUGAAUAA